CUGCAACUAACCUGAAUAUUUUCUUCAAAGCUUAUUUACGACGUUUCUCAUUGUCUAUGCUAUAGAUACGCAUCCCGAGCGAUACAUACGGUGAAAAGCUUUUAGUAACAAAUGUAUAGUAAAAAUGAAGGAAAACGCUGUACUUAAGUGGCAAAAAGUUUACAAUCCAAGCGGCCCUCAACCACGACCUCGCCAUGGCCAUCGUGCAGUGGCCAUAAAAGAUUUGAUGAUAGUUUUCGGCGGCGGAAAUGAAGGGAUAGUUCACGAGCUUCACGUCUUCAAUACUACAACAAAUCAAUGGUUUGUUCCUGUUACGAAAGGGGAGGUGCCUCCAGGAUGUGCCGCCUAUGGAUUCGUGGUCGACGGCACACGUCUACUAGUUUUUGGCGGCAUGGUGGAGUACGGCAAGUAUUCUAACGAUUUGUAUGAACUGCAAGCUUCUCGGUGGGAAUGGAAACGUCUGAAGCCCUUACCACCUAAGCACGGCAUACCACCAUGUCCUCGACUUGGACAUAGCUUUACGCUUCUCAAUAGUAAGGUCUAUCUCUUUGGUGGAUUGGCUAAUGAAAGUGAUGACCCUAAGAACAAUAUACCGAGAUAUCUCAACGACUUGUACACUCUAGAAUUGUAUCCCAAUUCAUCUAUGACAGUAUGGGAUAUACCCCUCACAUAUGGCCAAUCGCCUCCUCCACGCGAAUCCCAUAGUGGCGUCGCAUAUACAGACAGAAACACUGGAAAAUCAUCCCUAAUAAUCUAUGGAGGCAUGAGCGGUUCACGUCUCGGAGAUCUGUGGGUGCUCGAUGUGGACAGCAUGUCUUGGUCACGACCAGAUUUAGGUGGUCCACCUCCCUCUCCACGUUCUCUACACACAGCAACAGUUAUUGGACACCAUAUGUAUGUAUACGGAGGCUGGGUUCCGCUUGUACCAGAUGAAUCCAAACUUGCCACACACGAAAAGGAAUGGAAGUGUACUAACACACUAGCCUCUCUAAAUCUAGAAACCAUGACUUGGGAUAAUAUAGCACUUGAUAAAUUUGAAGAAUGUGUUCCCAGGGCUCGGGCAGGACAUAGUGCAGUUGCAAUUCAAACGAGACUUUACAUUUGGUCGGGAAGGGAUGGUUACAGAAAAACAUGGAACAAUCAAAUUUGUUGCAAAGAUCUCUGGUAUCUGGAGGUUGGUGUGCCUCCACAAGCUGGGCGUGUUGCACUUGUAAGAGCUGGCACUACUUCACUUGAACUGUGUUGGCCUGCGAUGAACACUGUCACAACUUACCUACUACAAGUUCAGAAAUGUGGCAAAGUUACCCCUGCAAGAUUCCCCACUGCUGCAGAGCCAGUGGCAGCACCACCACCAGCAUCGCCUGUCUCUGGACAACCAGAUGCAGCCAAAGCCUUUGGAUUAGCAUCCCCCGUAAGCGCUGGCCUGCCUCCUACUCCUACAGAUUUACCGGUGCGGCCUGUCGCUGCAGUUGCAUCGCCGAUCGCUACUCCCAUCGUCUCAACACCGCAAAAGGUUGUAUCAGGAUCUAUUAAAAUGCCUGCCCAGGCUGCAGUUAAAAUAUCACCAAAUACGCCAACUUUAAAACAAACAUACCAAGGCAAAACAGUCGUCAAAUCUCCAGCCGCAGGCUCAUCCCAACAGAUAAAAGUGGCUGCCGUCACGCCACAAGGGGUGACAAGAAUCGUAAGUGGCGUAGGCACUCCGAGUAGCGUCCGAGUUUCUACUCCCCAGUCUAACGCUCAGAUCGUUCUCGGUACAGCUACGGGAGCGGGAGGCACGCCUCGGUAUGUGCAAGUCAAGACAGGCUCGAGUGCCGGAGUGCCAGUCAAAUUAAGCAGUGGAAAUGUGCCUGUUAAACUAGCCGGGAAUGCAGUACCGCUCAAGAUUGGUGCAGCGAAUAUCCAAGGAAAGAUAACAACAAAUAGCGUGCAAAAAGUAGGAACAAAUGUUCCAUUGAAACUUGGCGCUGGCAAUGUUAAAAUUGCGACAAGCAAUGUGCUAGUAAAGACUGCUGGUGGCGUUCCGAUACAGGCAGGAGUACAGACAAAGGUGGCAGCAGGAGUUCCAGUUAAGCUUGGGGCGGGUAACUUACCUGUUAUAGGAAGCACCGGUGGCGCGAUACAGAUUGCUAGCGGUGCGCUCACAGGACAACAAGUCAAGACACCCUUAUACAAAAUCGUGACCGCCAAGUCGAGUGACCAGGUUACGACUGCGACGACAGCCGGUGGAACCGGAGCCACCGGAGCCACGGUUCUCCGACAAGCAGGAGGAAAUGCAGGCAUACCAUUUAUCAUUAAGAAGACUCCUGGUGGUGGCCAGGCAAGUUCAACGCCUCAAUACGUGACUCUUGUGAAGACACCUACAGGUAUGACAGUGGCGACGGUCCCUAAGAUGACCAUGGUGCAAAAUAGGCCGACAGCGCCAACCAGCGCGGCCCAGGCUCAGGGUCUAGCUCCCGGUGCUACCAUCGUAAAGCUAGUAUCCGCUAACACCGUCGGCGGCAAUAAGAUCAUAACGCUGCCAUCUAACAUGCUGCAGCUGGGCAAGACGGGCGUAGGCGGCAAGCAAGCGAUCGUGAUCACCAAGUCGGCGAGUCAGGCUACACAAGGCGGACAGCCCCAGUGAGGUCCGCGCCGCGCCCCGCACUGAACAGUCGAGUUGAGUGUCAGCCCGAGAGUGCGUCGCGUGCGUGAUCGAGCCUUACGGUGAAUGUGAUUAUAUCUGCGAGGUAUCAAAAGGUUGUACAUUUACAUGAGGAACACUAUAGUGAGUCGAACGAACUAUAUAAUAUAUGAUGAAUAGAAUAUUUUAAAUCAUAUGAGUUUUGUAUGUUAAUGGGUCUGUGUAGAGUUUUCCUCUUAGAGUUUUUACUAAAAGAAUAUUUUAUUUACUCUUGUAAUAUUAUUAUGAAAGUUGUCUGUUUGCAGUAGGAAUCCUUAACUCGCAAUGAUCUGCUACUGUACUCUACUGUACUGUCUUGUUACAAUAUAGCUGAACUGUUUGUUUCAUACUCGCUCACAAAUGAGUAUUUUUUUUACAUGUGACCUAGUUUCUUACAAAAUUAUGCGAAAGUGCCUGCUGAGCAAUAUUUGCCACUGGGCAUAGAACGCGACAAAGAAAUUUAGAGUAUCACUUUUUAAAUCUUAAAAUAAUUAAAUUUUAAAAGAUAUUCAAUUUGAGGUUUAUUAUUUUAUUGUGUUUAUAGAUUUAUUUCUAAAUUAGAAUAUUUUUGUAUGUAAUGAUAUAAAUAAGGAGAAUAUAAUAUAAUUCAUUACCCACAAUCAUGACCAAAUACUGCCAUGAUGGACUUGAACUGUGAAAAGUGCCGAGAAAGUUGGUUUCACUCGUUUGCUAAACGGCUUAUUUGCAAUCUACAGUCUUCCUCGCAUCAGAUCAGUUUAAGUUCUCUGUUCCCUCACUUUCAUGUCAGUUUCGUUGUCAGUUGCAUGAAACUGAGGUCAGGACAGGUGGUGAACUGUGUAUUGAAUAUAAAAGUAAUAUAUUCUACAAUACUUGGUGUAAUGGCUGAGCAAUCUCACAUGGAAUGGUUCACCAAGUGUACCAUUCCAUGUAAGCCAUUAGUGAAGUGUUAGAUUUAAUUAAAUCACAAUAUAUUAUAUAUCAUGCACUAUUUAAGUUUUUUUUAUGACAAGCCAUUGUUGUUGUUUAUGUGGUGUCUUAUUGUCAGUAUUGGAUCUGUGGUGUAUCUGUUAAUGAUCGUAAUCACUGAGACCCGCAGUCUCGAGGCUAUUUUUCUAUCGCGCCACUGAUCUUAAUACGUGCCUAGUUGAUGCCUUAGGCGAUUAUUCGAAGUUGACAUGUAGAAGACUAUGGCGAACUACAAAGUUAGCACGAGAAUCGGCGAGUUAUUAAGGAUGUAUGGAAAUAAACUAUAACAUUAAAAUUACUCUAAUUCUCUGUAUAGUUAAAACCUUGAAGAGGUUGUUGUUAGCAACUGAUUAUUAUAGUUUUACCGGCUAGAAAUUAUUCUCACUAGUUUUGAUGUCGCCAUAGUCGUUUGGGAUGCCUAUAAUUAUAUUAUAAAGUUUAUAAGUUAUAAUUUUGCAGUGCCUGAGGUGUGAGGAGUGUAGGUGAUUUUCAACAAGCAGUUUAAUAUCAAUUUAUUCUUCGAAUUAAUUAUACUUGACAUAAAUAAAUGCAGAAUUCAUUUUCAUUCCAAACCAAGUUUGUCAGGUGAAUAUGGUGGUUUUAAAACUUAAUGAAACUUUAUUCUGCAUUUCACAUGUAGGAUAAGAUAGUUGUAUGUACUAGAGUAAUAUAAGGUAAGCGAGGUAUGAAGUGUAAAUAAAAUAAGUAGAUAAAUUUAAUGUUAUAGUUUGUUCAUAUGUUCAUUUGCUUGAAUAAACGAUUUGGAUAAA